GUUUUAUGCUUAAACUUCAAAUCUUAACCACUUGUGCUAACCUCUAUAGAUUUUUUUUUUUUAAUAUGCUUUUGUCUUUCGGAUUAAAAGAAACUAAAAAGUUAAAAAAAAAAAAUUUUCCGACCCAAACUAGCAACGUUAAAUCAACCAAAGACAAGACAAGCCGCUAAAUUCGAAAAACCGUUAGUCAUCUAAUCUCAUCAGCCGACUUAAGGGCAAAGAAAGCAAUGAAAGUUUCCCUCUCUUUUUCACUUCACUCUCUUCCUUCACCAGCACAAACACUUGUCUCCAACUUCAACUCCCCAUUAGAACUGAAACAAGCUCAUGCCCAUCUCAUCAAAACCAACACCCCUCUCUCUCUCCUCCCUCCUUCUCGUAUCGCUUCGGUUUGUGCUCUCUCCCCCGACUUCUCUUACGCCCGUCGACUUUUAACGCAUUUCCCACAAUCUCAAGUCGUCAUUUGGAACUCUUGCUUGAAAAGUUUGGCUGAAAGUGAGUCCCCUUCUAAGGCAAUCCUUUUGUUCAGCCGUUUACGCGAAUGCGAUGUUGUUCCUGAUAGUUUCACUUGUGCUUUCGUUCUCAAGGCCUGCACGGCUUUGUUGGAUGAUAAAAAUGGUAAAUGUGUACAUGGGGUUGUUGAGAAACUUGGGUUUAAAUGGAACUUGGUUUUGCAAAACAUGAUCCUGAAUAUUUAUGGACUGUGUGGAGAAAUGGGUACGGCUCGGUUGUUGUUUGAUAAUAUGCCUCAACGGGAUGUUGUCAGUUGGAAUGUUAUGAUUACCCAUUUGGUGAAAAGUGGAGACUUUGAGGGUGCUUAUGGGUUUUUUUCGCGUAUGCCUGAGAGAAAUGUGAGGUCGUGGACAAUGAUGAUUUCUGGGUGUGUUCACUGUGGGAAGCCCAAGCAAGGGGUUGAGUUGUUUAUGGAGAUGGAGAAGAUUGGAAUGCAGGCUAAUGAGGUCACUGUAGUGGCUGUUCUUGCAGCUUGUGCUGAUUUGGGCGCACUUGAGUUGGGGAGGAGGGUUCAUGAAUACUCGAAAAGAAAUGGAUUUGGGAGGAAUGUUAGAGUUUUGAAUACUUUGAUUGAUAUGUAUGUGAAAUGUGGUUGCUUGGAGGAAGCUAGGAGGGUUUUCGGUGAGAUGGAUGAACAGACGGUUGUGUCAUGGUCAGCUAUGAUACAAGGGCUUGCAAUUCAUGGACAAGCUCAAGAAGCUCUAAGCUUUUUCUCAAUGAUGAUUGAGAUGGGGCUGAAGCCUAAUGGGAUAACCUUUAUUGGACUCUUGCAUGCGUGUAGUCACAUGGGGUUGGUUGAUGAAGGUCGUCGAUUUUUCUCAGGCAUGACUAGAGACUAUGGUAUUAUUCCCGAAAUUGAGCAUUAUGGUUGCAUGGUGGAUCUUUUCAGCCGAGCAGGGCUCCUUCAAGAAGCCCAUGAAUUUAUAAUGAACAUGCCUAUAAAACCAAAUGGGAUUGUAUGGGGAGCUCUCCUUGGUGGAUGCAAGGUUCACAAAAACAUUGAAUUGGCAGAGGAAGCUACCAGACAUCUUGCUCAACUGGAUCGUCUUAAUGAUGGAUACUAUGUUGUUUUAUCUAAUAUUUAUGCAGAAGCAGAUAGAUGGGAAGAUGCAGCAAGAGUAAGGAAGCUAAUGAAAAAUCGAGGGGUAAAGAAGACACCGGGGUGUAGUUCAAUCAUGGUUGAUGGAGUGAUUCAUGAAUUUGUUGCUGGGGAUGAUUCCCAUUCUCAAGCUAAUGAAAUAUUUGAUAUGUGGGAAAAACUUCUGGGUGAUAUGAAGUUAAGAGGAUAUAGACCUGACACAUCAGUUGUCCUAUUGGACAUGGACGAGAAAGAGAAGGAGAAAUUUCUAUAUCGCCAUAGUGAGAAAUUAGCACUCUGUUUUGGACUGAUAAACACACCUCCUGGAGUGGUGAUUAGGAUAAUGAAGAAUCUCCGUGUUUGUGAAGACUGUCAUGCCGCUUUCAAAUUAAUCUCAACAAUUGUUGACAGGGAAAUUGUUGUGCGUGACCGGAACCGGUUCCAUUGUUUCAAAGAUGGCGCUUGCUCAUGCCAGGAUUAUUGGUAAUGAGUUAAAAAAAAAAUAUUAUGUAGCUCUACAAAUCUAAUUAUAAUACACUUUUGAUUUUUUCCCAUCUCCUUGGAGCUUAGAAAUCAAAUUAUGCACUGCUACUUCAGUAUUUCGAAAAUCCACUUGGAUAGUUAAGAUGAAAAUAUCAACAACUACAUACCGAAAGAAAAUCUCAUACAUCUUUCAAAAUGAGGCUGCAUCCUUAAAACUAAUGAAUUUUCAGCACUCUCGCGCAUUCUAACCUAAUGAAACAAAGCCAUUGCUAUCACUGAUGGAGA